AUCAGAAAUGAGUCUUAUUUCUGCUCCAAAAAACUUAAAAACUUAUCUUUUCAAUUUAAUUGAAUAGAAUAAAACUUAAGAAUUGAUAUAAUUCAUAGAGAAUCAUCGAGAUUAUAUACAAAGUUUGGUUGCUCCAAAUUAUUGGACAAUAGCUAUGUAUGCAGUUAGAUAUAGCAAUCAAGAAUUAAUGAAAUAUUUAUAUAAAAAAGAUCUUUUGCUUGAACAUCCACUAUCUUAAUAUUCUUUACUAUCAACUGCUUUUUUAAAUAACGAUUUAGAGAGUUUUAAACUAUUAUGCGAUGAAUUUGGAAAAGUAAAUUAAAUUUUAAUCUUUAGGAUAUUAACAAACCUGUGCAUUAGUUCUAAGAUUAAACAUUUUUAUAAUAUGCAAUCAAAUACAACUCAAAUGAUUUGAUAGAAAUAUUAUGUUCUAGAGGAGCAUACUUUAUAAUUGAAAGAACAUCCUCUUCCCUUCAUGAUUGUUAUGCAAACAAUCUCAAAGUAGAAUAUGAUUAAGUUGGUAUUAAGUUUAAAAGUUAUAACGAUAAUAAAGAUGUACCUUAAUCUUCUAUAUUCUAAUUGAAAAGAGAUAAACUUACACCUACUCAUUAUUUUAGAUUUAAAAAUAUCUUAUUACUUUAAUAUUUAAUCUAAAUUAAAUACUUGUAAAUUCCUGAGGGUUAUGGAGACUUUUUAUAGAAUUUUAAUAGAAUAUUAGAGUACACAGCUCCAAGUAAUAUAUUGGAUUGA